UCGCUUGGCCAUGGAACCUCUAACUCCGUCGGAAGUAUGCGGUCAUGGGGCAUUGGGUGUUAAGCUCCAACAAUGUCUAAUAGGAACUGCAGAUAAUGUACAACAUAUAAAGCUCAAUGUAUUACACGCUGACAAAAAUUUCCUCUUUCAGCUCUAAUUAUAGCCGUCUGGGUUGUCUCUAUCUUAUAUUAUUAUCUGAUUCCUAUUAUCAGAUUCCUCGUCAGAAUCUUCAAAAUCGAAGCUUUUCUUAAUGUCGUCUCUAAGCCGGCGAACCCACUUACUCUUUUGUCUUGUUUGUUGUUUGUAAAAACUCUGGAUAUAUAAGAAUAUAAUGUGUGUAUAUAAGUUGUAGGGGGUGUAAAUUGGUAUAUUUUGCGGAUUGGGGGUUUUCUAGAAUGGCUAUCGAUGUAGAAUCAGAAUCACCCCUUGUUGGGGAUUAUGAGAAUCAUCAAAGGGGAUCUGUGAAUCAUGAAAGGGAUGUUCAUAUUCUGAGCUGUGCCUUCUUGUUAAUCUUCUUGGCUUAUGGGGCUGCUCAGAAUCUUGAGAGCACAAUUAAUACUGAGGCAGAUUUGGGGACAAUAUCUCUGGGGGUGUUGUAUUUGUCAUUUACUGUUUUCUCCAUAGUUGCUUCUUUAGUGGUUAAGAAGAUUGGGUCAAAGAAUGCUCUGCUUCUUGGUACUACUGGCUAUUGGUUGUUUAUAGCUGCAAAUUUGAAGCCCACAUGGUAUACAAUGAUACCUGCUUCAUUGUACCUGGGGUUUGCUGCGGCAAUAAUAUGGGUUGGGCAGGGGACAUAUCUUACCUCCACAGCGGAGAGUCAUGCAAGUGACCAUAACCUUCAUGAGGGGACUGUUAUUGGUAAAUUUAAUGGAGAAUUUUGGGGGAUUUUCGCAAGUCACCAGGUUGUUGGAAACCUUAUCACUCUUGCUCUGUUGAGAGAUGGAACGGGAGGAGGCUCCGGUGACACGACUGUACUCUUCAUUGUAUUUCUUUGUAGUAUGACAUUAGGUACUAUUCUUAUGUGCUUUCUAAGUAGGAGAAAUGCUAAAGAGGAGGCUUCACCGCAACAUUCUUCUGUCAGUUUUCUCUCGUCCGUGGUCUCCUCGUCCAAGUCUAUCAUCUCGUUAUUGCUUGACAUUAGAAUGCUGUUGGUCGUCCCCCUCAUUGCAUAUUCGGGCUUACAACAAGCGUUCGUGUGGGCUGAAUUCACUAAGUAUCUUGUACAGCCUAAAAUGGGCGAGAGUGGCGUUGGUGGUGCAAUGGCCAUAUAUGGACUCUUCGAUGCAAUUUGUUCACUAGCUGCUGGUCGUUUCACCUUUGGUCUAAAAUCAAUCACUAUGAUAGUGUCCGGUGGGGGUAUUAUUCAAGCUGUUGUAUUGCUUUGGAUUCUGCUAAAUCACAGUGUCGAUUAUGGAAUAGUUGGCAUACUUGUAAUAGCAGGUUUGUGGGGAAUCGGAGAUGGAGUUCUCAAUACCCAAUUAAGUGCUUUGCUCGGGAUACUGUACAAGCAUGAUUUGGAAGGAGCGUUUUCUCAGCUUAAGCUUUGGCAGAGCUUUACAAUUGCGCUCGUAUUCUUCUUUAGCCCGCUCAUCUCUUUGAAAGCAAUGCUAGUGAUCAUGUUUGCUGCACUUUGCAUCUCCAUGGUUGCAGUGCUUUUUCUGAUGCUCAAGGUAGAAAAAGCGUUUUCGGAUCCUGAUUCUUUGUAGAUGCCAAGAACCAUACGAGUUGUUACCAACUUCAUCGCAUCUAUCACCGUUUGGUUUGUUUUCAGUUGAAUUGCAGUGUUUUAUAUAUCACAAUGCAUUCAACUUUUCAAUGUGGAUCUGUCAUAGCUUAAAUACCAAGAAGCUUUCUAAGUUUUGAAAAUGUCAAAUUGAAGGGUUGUGACUUGUGAGAAUAUAUAUUUGCAACUUGAUGUUCAUCUUUGUAAUAGAUUUAUUCGACUGCUCCA